CACCAACUGGAGCGAUAAAGAUAGGAGUGACUGAAGAGUGAGAUUCAAAAUUAAAAAAAAAAAAAAAAAAUCAAAAAAAUCAAAACAAGAACCGAGUAAAGAGGAAGGAGGAUCUCCUUCUUCUUAUCUACUUAAAGAUUUUUUCUUCAUCUCUGCUUCAAUAAAAAGCUCUGAUCUUUCCUCUCUUCCUCUGUUUUCUUCCUCCUCUGUUUUCGAAAACCCUAAAGGUGAUUACUUUGGAAGGAAGACAUGGAUUCCGGCGACCCAACGUCUCUGCUUUUAACGAAAAUAAGGAUCUUGGAGCCAGAUUACGCUCCGAAGAUCAUAGGGUAUCUUUUAUUACAAGACUUUACUGAGAAAGACUUGUUGCGUUUCGCUCUUGGACCUGACUCUGUUCUUCAGUCCAUUAUCUUGAAAGUGAAGAGUCAGUUAGGUCUUUUCUCCUCUCCUUCUACUCCGACUUCUCCUUUUAACCCUAUCUCUCGACCACCCAUUAACGGAAGAGGAGUCUCUAAUGGGUUUAUGGAUUUAAGAAGAAACUCUCCGUCUUCUUCUCCUUCUUCGACCUCUCCAUGGUCAACCAACAGUGUAAGCCUCACUAAUGGGAGCAUCUUGAAGCCCUUUCAAAGCAACGGAGAUGUUGAAUCUGAUUUACUUGAAGAUCAGCAGCUAAAUGAUUACCUUUCGUUUCUUGACGAUUCGAAAACAGAGGAGGCUGUAGAUCCCACGGCUCCCUUGGAGUACAAUGGAGAAACCCAUCUGCACAGGAGGAGUUUCUCGGCAGAUGCGUCUUUUGGGUCUGGAGAAGAUGGGUUUGGUGCUGGAUUCAAGCCUUGUGUUUACUUUGGUAGAGGGUUGUGUAAGAAUGGAGAAAGCUGCAAGUUUGUCCAUGGAGGGUUUGGGGAUAAUGUUGAUGGUAAUGGCAUUGUGGCUGAUUCGUCUAGGAAAGUGGAGAGCUUUGGUAGGCAGCAUGAGGAGAUGAUGAGGUUGAAAAUGGCUUAUCAGCAGCAGAGGCUGGCUUCUCAACUACUUGGUAGAGUUCCUCAGAUGUCUUACGAGAAGAGAAUGGAUUUUCUCUUGCAUCAGCAGGCUCUUAGAGAUGGUGCGUUGCCUUUUGGUGAUGAAAGAUACUGGAGCAGUAGCCCAGGGAGGCUUGAGAGGAUGGAACUAAUGGCAAUGCAGUUUGGUGAUCUCUCAAACUCGGCAGCUAGACAGAUUUACUUGACAUUCCCAGCUGAGAGCACGUUUAAGGAUGAAGACGUUGCGACUUACUUCAGCCUUUUUGGAACAGUGCAAGAUGUGAGGAUCCCAUACCAACAGAAGCGUAUGUUUGGGUUUGUUUCAUUUGCCCAGCCUGAGACUGUGAAGGUUGUACUAGCCAGAGGGAAUCCUCAUUUCAUUUGUGACUCGCGUGUUCUUGUCAAACCGUACAAAGAAAAAGGCAAAGCCUUUGACAAUGAUAGCAGGAAACAUCAGUAUCUGCUACAGCAGCAAAUUGAGCGUGCGAAUUACUCCCCAUGUUCCAGUCCAUCAGGGAUUGAUCCUAGAGAACAGUCUGAUCCCCAACUUGGUUCGAAGAUGUUCUAUGAGAGGCGGGAGAUGAUGAGAAGGAAGAUGGAGGAAGCAGCUGACCUGCAGAGGGCUAUUGAGCAUGAAAGAAGACGCGUCAUUAAUUUGCAGCUUCCUGAGUUCAAGAAUAGUGGAGGAGUGUCUAAUCAUCACCGUAGCUUCUCUGUGGGGUCUCCUGGUUACUUUUCAUCUGCCAACAUCCAAAGCCCUGAUACUCAAUCUGAACUCACCAGUGCAGAUUCUUUCAAAGCACUAGUUGAUGAUACCACCGAGCUGCCUCCUUACCCGGUAAACAACUCAAGGAGUACUAACAGCAAUAAUAAUUACUCAAACGGUGCAAAAGAAAGGACCAACGAGAGUGAAACUGACACUGGAAGCCCAAUAGAGCUUGUUCUUCCUAGUAACCUCUUCCCCACUGCAACAGCUACUGAUGAUGAUUCUGCUGAACCUAAUGCAAAAGCUGGAGUCUCCGUCUCCUCCACUAAUGGAAAUGACCAUGAGCCACCAGCCUCUACCCAGUAACCUCAUAAAAUGCCAAGGGUUAGUGUACUCUUCCUCCAAUGUUAAAGUUUAUAUUAUAGAUAACAAACCUCUUUUAAUUUUUGGACUCAGGUCUUUUUCUUCUUAUGGAUAAGAUGAGGGCUACCAGAAGUGUGUGUAAUAAAGACAGUAAAAAGAGCAUACACAAGGAAGUAGGAUGAGAUGUAUAUGUAAGUUAUAUAUAUAAUAUAUAUAAAUGGAGAAACAGAAAGAAGGUAGGAAUAUGGCAUGAAGAUCGCAAUCAGGAUGAUACUAUACUACUAACAAGCGGUUGCGUAAGACAUACUUUAAAAAAAAAAAGGGGACAAAUAUCUUUAUUUUGAUUGUGCUUUAAUUUCAACUUUGGUUUGGUUUCUCAUGUGGUUGUUCCGGUUUCUUUGAUGCACCACAUGAGUCUCUGAUUGUAUCAAAGAAGAAUAGAAUGUUCUGCAAACUUUAUAUAUAUAUCAUUAAGCCG